UUAACUGUUAUAUAAUCCCUGAAGCUGUGCUUUGCUCUGGCCGAGGUUCAGUUUCUGUUUGAGGAAUGCUGCUCCUGACUUGUUGCCAUGUAGGUCUCUGUGCAUGCGUACUGCCCCGCACUGUGUUUUGCAGCGAAAAGUUGCAGAGUCAUUUGGCGCAGAUAUUUCUCCCCACAAGCUUCUGGACGUGUGCCCGCAGCGACGCAGAACAGCGGCGACACUCCACACACAGAUCCCCUGCGCACUUUUAAACGUGAACUCGUGUUGGUUUCCUGACAGCACCGAGGAAAAAGCUUCAGCGGCCGGAGGAAGACCUCCUGUGGUUGGGCGAGUCGUGCGUAAAAGUCCCCGUGAUCUGGUGUUUCUGGUGUGAUUAUGGAGUUUAACGAGGAUAAGCGUCACAACAGUCGUGGUUAGAGAAAUCCUGGCCAGGAUACAUCUGAUUGUGCAGUUGCAUGCAUUUGUGAACCACUUCCUCUUCUCCUGUGCAGCACUAAAUUGCAGAGGACUCUCUGAACUGUCAGAAUGGAUUGCUUUCAAAACCCUGAAACCUGUAAAAUCUGGAUCAACAACGACUUUAUGUUCACGGUUUGACUCCUUGCUUUGGGAACUGCCGGAUCCUGAUUCAAAGGCUGUCAGCCAUGUUGGAGCUUGGAUCUGUGGAUGAGGGACCAGUUUGCAAGUUUGUUUACCGACCGCAUUUGUGCAGAGAAUCAAAUGAGCUGAACGUAUUUUAUGUAGCAGCUGGCUUUUUCUGAGGUCUGCUCUCUCUGCCUGCUGACUAUGACUGAGGUCACCGAUGGUUUGCAUCCCUAAUAUCUUGUGAAAUGACUUCUUACUGAAGAGAUUUUUGUGUUAUAUUCGAGGGAAAAUGGAGAAACUGUGGACAUCUGAUCACUGGAGCCAAAAACCAAAAGAAUUUCUUCUAUUGAAAGUCUGACCUCAAUGGGAUAAGAACUCUGAGCUGUAAAAGGCUGCAAGACUGAACAGGUAAUCACUUCCCCCCAGCAUGCAUUGUCCAGUGAGGAAGAAACGCCCCACACGCGACUCUGAUUUCUCCGCUAUCGCAGUCCCCUCCAUGCACGGUUCUGGGUAUCUUGACUACGCGGUGGAGACCCACGCUUCCAAAUCCCUGAAAGUCAUGGAGGAAUUCAGACGGCAGGAGAUGUUGUGUGACCUGGUGCUGCAUGUCACAUACAAGGACCGGACGGUGGAUUUCAAGGUACACAAGGUGGUUCUGGCCUCCUGUAGCGCCUACUUCAGAGCGAUGUUCACCAGCAGCUUCAAAGAGUGCCAGGCCCCAGAGGUCACCCUGCGUGAUGUCUGCCCCCAGGUGGUGGGAAAACUUAUAGACUUCGCCUAUACCGCGCACAUCACAGUGGGAGAGAAAUGUGUGCUGCACCUUCUCUUGGCUGCUAUGAGGUAUCAGAUGGAGGAUGUGGCCAAGGCAUGUUGUGAUUUCCUCACUAAGCACCUGGAGCCUGCCAACGUCAUCGGCAUCGACCGCUUUGCCGAGGAGAUCGGCUGCACAGAGCUGCACCAGCGAACACGAGAGUAUAUCAAUACACACUUCAAUGAGGUGACUAAAGAGGACGAGUUCUUCAGCCUGUCUCACUGCCAGCUGCUGGAGCUCAUCGGUCAGGACAGUCUGAAGGUGCUCUGUGAGUCUGAGGUGUAUAAGGCCUGCACAGACUGGGUCCGCUGGGACAUGGAGGGCAGAGCCCAGUACCUGCAUGCCCUCCUGAAUGCGGUUCAUAUCUACGCCCUGCCUCCUAAAUUCCUCAAGAACCAGCUCCUGUCCUGCCCUAUCCUCAGCAAGGCUAAUUCCUGUAAGGAUUUCCUGGCUAAAAUCUUCCAGGAUAUGACACUGAGGAAGCUUCCUCCUCCACCUAACCGUGGAACUCAACUCAUCUAUGUGGCCGGCGGAUAUCAUCAGCAUUCACUGGCCACCAUGGAGGCUUAUGAUCCCAGGAGGAAUGUCUGGAUCAAACUGACUGACAUGGCGUCUCCAUGCAGCGGCCUGGGAGCCUGUACGCUGUUUGGACUGCUCUACACUGUUGGAGGCAGAAACCUGUCGCUUCAAAACAACCCAGAGUCUAGCGCCCUGUGCUGCUACAACCCUAUGACCAACCAGUGGAGUCAGCGAGCGUCCCUCAACAUCCCCAGGAACCGGGUCGGCGUUGGCGUGGUGGACAGCUGCAUCUACGCUGUCGGUGGCUCCCAGGGCCAAACGCAUCAUAACACGGUGGAGAGGUGGGAUCCAGAGUCUAAUCGCUGGUCCUUUGUUUGCCCGAUGUCGGUGUCUCGUCUGGGUGCUGGAGUGGCGGCGUGUGGGGGUGCUCUGUAUGUGGUCGGCGGAUAUGAUGGGCAGAACCGCUGGAACACUGCUGAGAAAUACCAGCCUGACACUAACACCUGGCACCAGCUGGCACACAUGAACACUAUACGCAGUGGACUGGGAUUGGUGUGUUUGAACUCGUACCUGUACGCGAUAGGAGGCUACGAUGGGCAGCGCCAGCUCUGUACCGUGGAGCGCUACAACAUAGCCAGGAACCAGUGGGAGCCCAGGGCGUCUAUGCAGUACUGUCGCAGUGCACAUGGAGUCACGGUCCACCAGGGACGCAUCUUUGCUUUUGGAGGUUUUAACCAUCAAGGCUUCCUGUCCAGCGUCGAGUGCUACUGCCCAGAAAGAAAUGAAUGGACGUGCGUCACCGACAUGCCUGUUGGACGCAGCGGCAUGGGCAUCGCUGUUACCAUGGAGCCCUGUCCCGGCAGCCUGCCAGAACAAGAGGAGGAUGAGGACGGAGCCACAUAGGAUGAGGACGGAUUCAAGUCCUCAGGUGUUAGAUUUGAUCGUUAAGUGGUGCUGCUUUUCAAGAGAGGGUGAAGUGCAUUAAAUAAAUAAGACAUUCCUAUAUGGAAACUCCUCAUACAUCCUCGCCGUAGCCGCAGCGCCGCACGUAUGGGAACGCUCAGGAGGAGCAAGUGAUCCAGAAAAAAACUCUGGUAGCAGUGACAGUGACCUCACAACGAACAAGGUGCUACAGGUAUACACACAAGUAAUGGUACUAUUUAAUUAAAUAAUGUUAUUCCACAGCUGUUUGUAAUCUCUGUGCUCAAUUUUAUUUGUAAUUUGAACGUCCUUCAGUGGCCUCAUUUCUAAUUCCUCUCUUUGUGUCGUAUCUCUGCCUCUCACUGUGUCUGAACGAGCACUUAUUUUGUGCCAACGUAGUUUCACCGCAAAACUGCCUUUUUUUAUUUUAUUGUAUUGUUGUUGUUGUUUUUUUGUGCAUUUACAAUAUUUUAUGUUUGUGAAAAUAAAAAUCAAUCACGUGUGCAAA